UAUUCCUUGUUUCAUGCCUCGUUGCAAUUGAUAUCACUGGUUCAGUGCUGCUUGUUCACGGCUUUAUCAUACAAGUACUGGCCCAAACCUGCGCGCACUCCUUACACUGGCCCUCACCAAAGUCAUUCUUUUCACCUCUUGCCAUGAAGUUACAGGCUCUUUCUCUGGCAGUCCUGGCCGGAGUUUCAGUGGCGGUUAAAAUCCCUUUCAUUCAAUCAAAGCGCACAACCCUACAGCGACGAAGUGGGGGCACAGACGUUUCAGUUUCUCAGCCAAAAGUUCUGGCUUCCACCUCCGCAGCGCUUACGCUCAGUGAUGUUAACGAUCUCAUUUAUAUGGCAAAUGUUACACUUGGCGGUGUUGAUUAUCUGGUCCAGCUUGACACAGGCUCUUCUGACCUGUGGGUCCUGAACAAUCCAACACCCAUACCUAAUGCAAACAUUACAUCCCAGACCAGUAAUCUGACUUAUGGCAUUGGUUGGGCGUAUGGGAAUAUUUCCUAUGUCAAGGCUGAGUUCGCAGGGAUUUCCGUUCCUUCCCAAGCUUUUCUUGACGUCUCGUCUGCACAAAAUCCGGCAUUAUCCUACGGAGCUGCAGGACUCCUAGGGAUGGGUUUUGAUUCAUUAUCGACUAUAGAUGCCCUCGUGAAUGCCACUGGCGCGUCGACCGGCCGCAGCCUCCUUUACAAUCUUUUCCAAGACAAUCCUUCUGAACCCAACUUCAUUGCAUUUUCCCUGCAGAGUACGUCAGAUGACGAUCAGGUUUCAGGCAGCUUCGCAAUUGGCGAGACUGAAUCCCAAUAUUCAAAUGUCACAAGCACCAACAAAAUCCCAACUUGGCCUGUAAACUCUCCAACACGCUGGAAUGUGCUAUUGGACUCAUACAUUGUUGGGACGGAGACUUAUACAGUGUCCACUGGUGUAGAGGGAGCGCCAUCGAACAAGGCAGUCGUUCUUCUGGAUAGCGGGACGUCGUAUACAUACGCGCCUACUGAAGUGUGUCAAGCCAUUUAUGGCGGCGUAUCUGGGGCUCAGUACAACUCUGUACUUGGGCAAUGGACCGUCCCCUGUGACACAGAAAUAGAUAUGGCGCUUCAGUUUGACAAUCAAAUUUUCCCGAUACAUCCCCUCGAUGUUUCACCAGCGAGUUUAAGCGAUCCUUCAACCUGUGUUGGCUCGUUUGUGCCCCAAAGUGUUUCUGUUGGGGCUGGCCAAUUUGAUUGGUUGAUAGGCGACAACGUUUUGCGUUCAGUCUAUGCCGUGUACGACUUUGGCGACUUCGACUCAUCGGGGAAUAUGGGCAACCCUUAUAUCCAAAUGCUCUCUCUGGUUGAUCCUAACCAGGCAUCAGUGGAGUUUCACGAUGUCCGAGGCGGAACGCCACAGGGUAACAUUACCUACAACACUUCAAGUGGUGGAUCCGGUUCAACAUCCGUGUCGUUGUCCACGGAUGUAGCAAACACUAUUGACAAGCUCUCCAAAUACCUCCCUGCCAUGCUUGGUGUGAUGGCUCUGAAUGCCCUGGUUUUGAUCAUUCUUGCCAUUGUCGGCAUUGUCCUGCUGUGCAGACGUCGCGGGAGGGGCGCGCGAGCGCGCAAGACACCUGGAAGACUGAGUCCCAUGCCGAUGAACAAUAUCUCCGCCAGGUACCCCGAUUAUGGGAGCCCGCAAGAGCUACAUACAUAUCAACCUGUCUCGAUGGCAUUGACCGAAGACACACUUUUCGCUCCUCCGUCGCCUGCCUUUAAAGGGGAGUCGAUGAGACCUGGAGACCGCCCAAAGUCAGUUGCAUAGCGAACUGAUAUUUUCCCUCCUACCCUCCUGUUGCCAUAUUCUGUGCUUUGCCCGUCAUGCAAUUCUCCUUUAAUUAUGUAAAUGCGGUGGGGCUUCUGUCGUAGCCUCUUGGACAACGGACCUUUCUCUUCGAACACUAUUUAUCUAUCUUCUGUCUGCUUGAUCUAUCACUUGGUCCUCGUUAUAUCUUGUAGAUAAUAUAUUCACUGCCUGCCAGUGUCAUGCAAUAUACCUCCU